AUGUUAUGGACUUUUUCUACAAUGAAAAGUAUACUUUUCAUUGUAGUAAAAGUCCAAGAAAAGUUUAUGUCCUCUCCGACUGAUGACGACAACAACAUAUCAAACGAGGUUAUAGACAGUGGUUCAAUCUCAGUAAGAUAG